AGAAAAAGAAAUCGAAGAAGGAUCCAUUGUUGAUGAAAAAGUCAAAGAGUGACCCAAAUGCUCCUAGUAAUAACAGGAUCCCCCUUCCGGAAAUGAAAGAUGUUGACAAGAUUGAUCGGAUUAACUUCUACAGAGAAAGUAUGAAGAGAGUGAAGUUAGGACCAACUACUCAACCUUCUAUAUGUUUCUAUACAUUCCUCAAUGGAUACCAUGAGGUGACGUGUAUUGAGUUCACAGAAGAUUCAUCUCUAAUAGCUGCAGGUUUUUCUAACUCUUCUAUACGCAUAUGGAGCCUCACUCCAAAUAGACUUCGUACAGUAAAGGGACCAACAGAUCUCAGUAUAAUAGACAUCGAAGCAGAUGAUGUUCUAGAGAGGAUGAUGGAUGAUCGAUCAGCCUCCGAAUCGCGUCUUUUGGUGGGUCACUCUGGGCCAGUUUAUUCAACCAGCUUCUCUCCUGACAAACAUUAUCUUAUAUCAGGCUCAGAGGAUGGAACAAUUCGUCUUUGGAGUUUAAAAACAUGGACUAAUCUAGUGGUAUACAAAGGUCACAACUAUCCAGUAUGGAGUGUACAGUUUAGUCCCCAUGGCCAUUAUUUCGUGUCUGGAGGGCAUGAUAGAACAGCUAGAAUCUGGUCUACAGACCAUUAUCAGCCAUUAAGGAUAUUUGCUGGUCAUCUAUCAGAUGUUGAUUGUGUACAGUUCCAUCCCAACAGUAACUAUGUAGCGACAGGCUGUAGUGACAGACUUGUGCGACUUUACGACAUGUUGAAUGGCAAAUGUGUCCGCCAGAUGUCAGGUCAUAAAGGUGCAAUUCAGUGUCUCAGAUUCUCACCAGAUGGCAGAUAUCUUGCAUCAGCAGGGGCAGAUAAGACUGUUCUGUUGUGGGACUUGGCCAAUGGGAACCAGAUUGGACAACUGAGGGGCCACACAAACACUGUAUAUUCACUGUGUUUCAGUAGAGAGGGGGCUGUAUUAGCAUCAGGUGGCAUUGAUGACCAAGUGUUAUUAUGGGAUGUCGCUAAGGUGUUUGAAGAGCAAGACUCGGACACUGCCCCUGGGACUGCUACUGUAGCAAACAUCACUGGUGAGGACACCAAGCUGUUGAUUGGUUCCCAGAAGACAAAGAACUCGCCUGUGUUAGAUCUUCAUUUCACAAGACGUAACCUUCUCUUAGCAAGUGGACCAUUUAUGGGCAAACGGUCCUGAAUAACAGCUUAUGGAAGAUAGCUAUUUGAUCCAACAUGGAUGAUUGGACAGAUGAUUCUGAUACAGAUAAUCUGAUGACCAUAUAUGGGCAAAUGCUAUUGAAUAGUAGCAGUUGGAUCAAUAUGAAUGGUUGGAUUACCAAUCAUUCUUCAAUAGUGAUUGUUGUCAGCCCAGCCAUGGAUGAUUAUCUGAUGAAAUCUUGGCUGGAUAUAUGUGAACCACAUAAAUUUGAGUAACAUACUCAUUCAGUCAUAUGUGGCGUACCAUUGGCAGAUAUUCUUCAAGAAUAGUUAAAUGGAGUAGCUUUGUAUGAAUGUGCCAGUUUUCACAAUGUUCUGGUUAAAAAAUGAUCUGGACUAAAUCCUAGGUGUAACAAGUACAGCAGCUGAUGUGAUACUACUGAAAAUAUACAAGUUAUGACAGGGUUUUUCAACCUUUCACAUACUCCAGUACUUCAGUUCCUUUGAAUAGUCCAUGAUCAUGAUGAAAUGAUAUUAUUAUGCAUAAUUGUUAGUAAUAUCUUCUGAAUAUCCAUAAUUUUUUAAUUUGGGUGUUAUUUCUAUA